AUGUAUUUUCUUGAAGAACACCCAAAUGGAUUAGCAACUUUUCAAAAGAUGGACAAGAAGCAUAUGAUGUUAGUAAAUAAAAAGGAUUUGGUAAUGCAAUUCAAAUGUUGUAAAGAAGAAGAAAAAACACCUGCUUUACUAAGUGCAAGGUCCACUUUGAGAAUGUGGUCCAGUGGCCACCACAGACUUAGUUCAGGGACAAGUGUCCAGCAAGUACGAUCUCCGAGUCACAGGCCAGUCUCUUCGCUUCUUAAAGGAAAUUCACGGAGACGCCUUCCUCGGGUCAAAAAUGUCCUACCACAACCACCGCCACCUAGACUGUUACAAAAUUCAAAAAGAUAUCUAAAAAGUAUCUCAAAAAACCUGGCUAAGCCUCGACCACUGAAGAGUAGCUGCGCCCAAACAGACAUUGAAAUUUCCGAAUUUACUUUAGGUAAUACACAAAAUCCUGAGGUGUUGCUCCGAGAACCUUCUUCAACGGCUUUAAACAAGUGUGCCCUUGAUUCAUCUGGAUCACCAAGUAACAAACCAAAAUUGCACAGUGUACCUGAAUCAAUAAUGAACACGAAAUAUUUACUGACCGAUGCUUCUGCAUGUGUGCAAGCUUGUGUCGAAACUACAGAAACUUUGACUACAGAAGAAAGUGACCGCAGUAGUAGUGACGAGCAGGAACGAGAAAGUUCUGGAGAAGAACCUACAAGUGUCACUGAUUCGUCCAGUAAAUCUGAUAAUUAUGUGGGUAAAUAUGUACCGAUGAAAGAGUUGAAGUCUAGUUCUUUAGAUAAAAUAGAAGCUUCUCAGACAGAAAUCGAAAAAGUCUGUAAAACUAUAGGAAAAUAUGAAAAAAGUGACGAAACAAAAACUGGGGAAAACAUAAGAACUUUAGGGGUGGGUGUUAUAAGUGAACAAAACGUAAGCUCUCAUACAGAAGAGAGUAACUUUUACGGGACUGGGAUAGUCAAUGGUAAUGACAUACAAGAAAAACAAAACAUAUCUCAUAUUAAUGAUCAAGAUGAAGACUUGAAUUUUUGUUUUAAAAAAGAAGAAUCUGUUUCUCAGGAAUUUACUGCUUUAAGUGCGAGUGAUAUAAUAUGCAAGCAAGAUUGUGUUCCAAAAGAAAGAAUACCUUCGCAAACAUCCGAUGACUUUGCACAUAUAGCUUCUUCUGAAUCUACUGAAAUAUACACCACGGAAAGUAGCGAUUUAGACAGCUUCACUGAAGAUGAGGAUUCUUGUACUGAUAUCACAAGCACUGAUUUAGAUGAUAUUUUGAGUGAAGUGAUAUCCAGUAGGUGCGGCUCUUGUUGCAGCUGUAGCCAGGUCACAGAUGAAGAAGACAACGAUGAUGAAGAUGCAGAUAAAAGUGAAUGCCAAGAGUGUCAUCACUAUUCUGAACAACAACUUAUGACGAAUGUUGGUGAACUUCAAAAUAAAAACGAAAAGGAAAAUGGUGAUGUCGAUGUCAUCUUUGGUCAACAACUGGAAACGGAAGUCAAGACGGAACCGAAAGUAACAAAAAAUCGUUUGGUAAUUAAGUCUACUCCGGCUUUUCUAGCUCCACCAGUCACAGUAGAAUGUGACAUAAUGCACACUGGAAAGCCUAUACCAGAUGAUUUGGAAAACACAACUUCAGAGACGGGGAGCUUCUACAGGCAGCUGUCUGAAGAGGAAUUCGUUUCUACUUUGAAAAUUCAUGAAGCUGCCAAAAGUGGAGACCUUCACGUUAUCAAACUUUUAUUAAAAAAUGACCGUAAACGAACAGAAACUGUGGAUGAACGAGGAUGGACACCAAUUCACCUUGCAGCAGCCAACGGACAUGUUGACAUUAUUAAGUUUUUAGCACAAGAGGGCGCUCACCUGGCAGCGUUGGAUCCCAGUGGGUAUACAGCAAUACAUUUGGCUGCUAUGAACGGACAUGCAAGUUGUAUAGAGAUUCUUCUUAACCUGGGAUGUGAAAUCGAAAAUAUGACGUCAGAAGGAUUUACGCCGCUCCAUCUAACAGUUUUAAAUGAUCAUGUCGACUGCUGUAAUCUUCUUCUCUCUAUGGGAGCCAACAUAACACGAAGGGAUGCAUUGAAUAGAACAGUUCACGACAUGGCGGAUGAAUACUCCCUUGAUGAGAUCAGGGAACUACUUGAUAACUACACUAAACGACUACAAAGGCUACAGAAUAUAUUGUAA